AUGGAGAAGAAGGCUCUCACUACUGCUGAAUCAGUUCGGGUUGUGGAAAAGCAUCCAUGGGUUAUCACCUUUCCGAACCAUGAAGACAUGACUUUUCUCUUCGAUCCAUUGGAACGGAAGAGGUACACACUGAAUUUACCCGAGGUAGUUGGAACCGAUGUUUGUUACUCGAAAGACGGAUGGUUGCUUAUGCGAAGAUCCAGUUUAGUGGACAUGUUCUUCUUCAACCCGUAUACUAGGGAGCUUAUAAACUUGCCAAAGUUUGACCUUGAUCUAGCUUCCCGCACAAUGAGUGAGCAAGCAUGGAAUGAACAUAGAUGCGCUUAUAUGCGCAAUGAUAAUGCUGAAUGGUUUAAUCUUCCGAAGAGAAUUUACUUGGCUGAGCAGAAAGGAGAGCUCUUUCUCAUGUAUACAUGUAGCAGCGAGAUACCGAUGGUGUAUAAACUUGUCUCCUCAAAUUUGGAGGAGAUGAAUAGUACUACUCUUGACGGCGUGACAAUCUUUGCAAGUAUGUAUUCCUCGGAGACGAGAUUGGAUGUUCUUGGGAUGAGGAACAGUGUGUACUUCCCAAAGUAUGGUUUAGAUUGCAAGGGAUGUGUAUCCUACUCGUUUGAUGAAGCCAGGUACUAUCCGCGUAAGCAGUUCCCUAAACCAACAAUGUGGCAAAUGCAGAAAGAACUUUGCCCUCUUAGGAGUCUUUGGAUCGAGCCACCGUCUAAGGACAUCUUAGAUGUGAUAAAAUGA